AUGGCUGGCAAGACCCCUCUUGAGCUAAUCAGUGUGGGCACAGUUACCCCGCGCGAAAGGGGGAUUUCUUCGCAUACGGUGCCGUCUGUAGUGGAGGUGCUUCCGGGGCUGUAUCUCAUUGCGACCAUUAUGCGAGCAAAGAACAGGUGUCUUUUGGAGCUGUUGCGGCCGGGAACGACCUCGCCUGACGGAAUCUCGGACCCCUUCACUGUAACGCGCAAAGACGAGUUACAGCGACGCUUUUCAGAGUCCUCGACGAGCUCAAUAAGACACGCAUCCACAGUAAACGUACCAACGACGCUUCAGGCUGGCUUUCGAGUUCCGCGAAUCAUUCAACUCGUUGCCGAAGACGAGGGCGUGAUUGAGACCGUUGCCCUCCUUCGCGAGCCACUCGACUCGGCUUUUGCGACCUCCCUUGAGGCCCGAGAAGGCAGCGCUGAGCGGAUGAGUACUGUAGACGGCGCACCACCGACGCCGAUUCACCACGUAUACGUGCACUUCUUCAUUGGCACUUCCAAUGGGACUGUCCUCGUGGGAAACGCGUUGCGCGGCACCAUCUUGGCCAUCGCCCAGUUUCAAUACCACCAUCUCUUCGAUGAUGAGCGACGAGGCGAUCGCCUCACCACGACUUCUACGGUCCACACUGGUGCGAGUAGCGGUAAACCGGCGGCCGUCUGGCCGAGGAGCGAAAAGAGUGCCGCUGUGAAUCAGUCGGUAGUCAAGUUUGUCGUGGGCCAGCGAUCCGACGCCCUGCGGUGGAAUUCAUCCCUUCGCUUCUCACAGCUGUCAACCGGUUCGGCCUCGGACUGGGGUAGUGGCUCUUCUGCCGAAGCCAGAGAGAGAUCUGGAUCUCCAACAGUCCACUCGGGCGUCACCAGUGUCUAUGUCGUGCACAGUGGCGGCAAGGUAGUCGAGCUUUCCCGCGUAGCGCUGGAUGUGUUUGUGCGCGUCUCCCUCGACCGUCUUGACGGCCGUCGCCCGCAUCUCAUAGUGGAGUGGUCGCCAGAAACGUCCACCAGCACUUUUCCAGUCGCCGGGCCUGCCAGCGAGUUUGCGGCCCACGUCAGCCACGUAUCGGUGUUGGCGCCGCCACCGGGCUCCUACUCGAGUGUGGAGAGCUGCACCGCGACUACCAAGUAUGCAACGGCCGAGUCGACAACCUUCUCCAUCUGCGAUGCCGACAUUGUGAGAGUGCCCUCCAGCGGCGGCGCGUCGCCGUUGCUGUCUCCGCUGGAAGCACCGCACGGCUUCUCUGAUGUGCUUCUUGUCGGUGGCACCAAUCCGCUCCUCUCGUCGUUUCGCCUGCAGCCUGCGCCCUCGGGGUUCUCGGCAGCCAACACGGUCAAGGCGGUAAAGGGCAUGGUAACUGGCAUGGCCCGCUCGCUGUGGUUCAGAGCCCUCGGCACCUCGGGGACAGUGGAGCGCAAGCCACACCUUAAAAAAAUUGCGGCACCGCCCACGCACACGCUUCUGCAAGCCGACGCAAAAUGCACGGCGCUUCAAGUGGACCCAACACAUCGGUGGGCCGCACUCGCGAUCGAGAACGGUGGCCGCAUCUACGUGGCGGACGUGCAAAGCGGCAUAGUGGCUGCGGUGCUGAAGGGCUGUCGCGCUGCGCAGUUUACCUGGUGGUGGACAGAGCUCGCCGGCGCCAGGGCCGCCCUGUUGCUUGUCGUGUACCUGCCGCUCCGCCGCGCAGUCGAGGUGUACACGACACGGACGUGGCAGCGCCUCGCCGCGCGACAUGUACCGAAGGGAAGUGUGCUAUUGCGAUGCUCUGGAGUGCCAAGUGAAGUAGCAAGUAGGGCCUCAGCUUCACACGGAGAAGACCGACCCGCUCCCGCGUGUGGCGGCAGCGGCACCGCCGCGCUACUAAUGGACCCUGAGGGAAACGUGUUCCGUGUUGGUAUUAAUUGGGUGCUCGACAACUCACGGGCAAGUCGCGCUCGCCUGCGCUCCUCGCACCCCGCAUCACCGCCAUGGGGAGCAGCCGCGGUGUGGCCCGACAGCGAGGCGUGUGCACUGAGCACGUCGGUGCUGCGCGGUUGUCAGACACCGGACGAUUUUCUCGAGCUUGCUCUGCGCCUGCCCUUGCCACAGCCACACAUACAACAACUGACCACCGCAGAGGGAGGGUUCAUUGUUGCUGGCAGCAAUGAGGUGCGCGCCUACCUGAAGCAGCUGGCAGUACUCUGCGAAACAGUUCAUCGGCAAUUUGCGCCAGGGUAUGCGGAGAUUACCGCGACGCCGAUGCCGUGCCCCAUGCAGGACAUUCUCGACGGCGCGCCCACGGUGGUGCCGCGCGGCGUAACCGCGGCACAGUGUCUUCACUACGUCCAACGGUAUGCAAGCUUGGUGGAGAACUACCAGCGGUUCCUGACCUGUAAAAACGUCGCUGCGACCCUCUACUUUGACCCACACCAGUGGACCUCAGCCCUUAUAACACCGGACCUGUGGAAGGCGACGUUCUCUAUCGCAGCACAUCCCGGCGUAGCUGCCUUUGUGAAGACGAUGGAUGCGUAUGUUGCCGCCACUCUUGCCGCACACCCCACCGAGCUGAGCAUCUACAAGAAGCACGUGUCUACGUAUCUGCAUCAGAUGAUGCGCGGCCCCCCUCAUGCGUCUGCUGCUGCGGGGCCAGGCAGCCCACCCCCUAGGGUACACGCGCCAAAGGCCGCUAGAGUGGCACCGCAUUUGGCUCGCCCCUCCAACAUCAUGCCCCUUCCUGCGUUUCUCCGUUGCUUCUACGUGGGGUCGACGCGCCCCACCUUUCUGCGCAGUGCCGUCGAAAGCGCCGAAGAUGCAGACGGCAGCGUUACCAUUCUCGGCCCCCUAUCGGACCUAGUCUUUGGGGUUUGGGGCGUGGACAGCUUUCUCACACAGCUACCCGCCUUACGGGAUGUUGGCUGCGCAGAUGACGAUAUCGCCCACAUCACGGUCACGUGGGUGGCGCGGCAAGCAGGACGUGACCUUGCGGCAUUGCUCUGCAGCACCACAGUAGGAUGCCUCGCCGCCACGCUGCUCAGCUUCUCUGACGAGGACUUCGCCGCGGCACUGGCGCGGGCCCCAAUCCCGUUUAUCUCCGUCGACGGCGGUUUGGCGACUCGCGCAGCGGUAGACUGCGUGACAGGCCUAGUGUGGUGCUGCGCCGCGCGGUUUGUCCUGCGACGGCCGGGCUCCACCGUUGCCCAAAGCGAGCUGCUUGUACGCCGCGUUCGGCAGCUGCUUCAACUGUGGCAGAGUCUCUCCAAAGUGUCGCCCCUGCCGAGCACCUCUGUACCACGAGAAGAAGAUCCGGCGCGAAGUGACAGCGCCGCCUCCGACGACAUGGCGGCCUUGCUUCUCCGCCUGAGCGCUGUCGAGCCGUCGUACUCGCGGAACACAGAGUGUGGCGGUUCUAUCUGCGACAUUAGUGGAAGGAGAGAACACGCGGCAACUACGGCUAACCACACUGAGGGAGACGUCAUUGAGGUGUACCUGCAGCGGAAUGGCAUCACAGCCACGCUCCUUGACGGGCUCACGGUGCCACGAGCGGACGCGGAUGCAGACGCCGCGCGUCUUUUCCCGCUCUUUUCCGCGUUUUUCUCGCUGCUAGGGGAGGCGGGGUGCGUCAGCGACCCAGAUGCCGUUGUUGUCCAGUCGUUGCCGUGGAUUGACAGCCGCCAGUGGGCUGUGGAGCGGUUUCACAACGAGGCACUUCGGCCAAUCGAGCAGCUCUGGCAGCAGCUGAGCUCAACGUCCACGAAGUGUGGCACUGGCGCGUCAUUGAGGAGGAGCGCGUCGGGUGUGUACAAGUCGUGCCUCAUUCUCGUAGCCAUGACCGUCCUGCAACACAUCUUGCGCCCCCUUACUGACGUGGCGUUUUUUUUCUGGGACACAGACGCUGUCCCUGAUGGAAACUUUUUUCCUGUCGACGGUACCCCGUCUGGUCUCCUGCUGUCCGGCAGCCGCACCUCUCGUGACUACCUGAACAGUGUGCAGCGGCUCUCCAGUCUAUUGGAGCGGAUGUUGCUGCACGUUGUUGCACCGCUCGAGAACGCCGACCGGGCGCUUCUCAUUCAGGAAAUCAGUCUUGCUUUGACAAGGGACAACGCGCUGCUCUUCCCGCUCGUGCCAAACUUUCUGCGCGUGCAGCUGACGAUGUGGAUGCAAGUGCUUGCCCAGACCCCGCGCUUCCCGCUGCGGCGUACGCAGCGAGUGCGGCAGCUGGUCGAGUUGAUCCUCUUUUUUUCUGAGGUACCCUCCUUGACUGUGGGUGACGUGCCGCUGACGCAGCUGCAGUCGCACCUCACCAUUCCGUGGAAGGUCUUGCUAGGUGGUCCCAGCAAACGGGUGCAGCUUCAGCUUCUCCCCGCCGCGGUCCUCAAGAAAGCGGCGUCGCCGACAUCGGCGCCGAUGGCCCGUCGUACCUCCCUGGUGGCGACUCCCUCGCUAUCUACGCGGUGCACCGCCCCGGCGAUUUCGCCGUACGUGUCCGAGGAGGAGGACACUCAUAGCACCCCGCUGAACGUCAGGGCGGCGGCGACGCUGCUUCGGCGGUUUCUGGCUGCUAGUGGCGUCUUGUACGCGAAUCGGUAUGGCCCCGCCUCGAUCACCGCCUGGGACUCAACGUCUUGCCUCGGGUUCGUUGCCGAGGAUACGCGUCAAGUCUUGGCACGUCUUGGAGAGUGCCUGGGCCUCCAGGAGUCUUUUCCAGAGAUCGGUAAUGUGGUGCUCAUGGACUAUGAGAUCAAGCAUCUGUUUCCUGUUUCGGCUGUGGAGCAGGCGAUGUUCUUGCUGUCGUCCAGGUCGGCCGCACCGUUGGUGGCCACAUCAAAUUUGCAGUCGUUUUUGGUUCUCAUUCUUCAGCACAUGACGGCGCGGUGUAAAGGGUAUGAACAGCGGGGCGAGCGUGCCGCCUACGACGCCGCUUCGAAGCAGCUGCGCAGCAUGGCGCAAGUUGUUUCGGAGGAUUUGCGAGCGUGGCUGCAAGAGCGUGAGGACGAAAUGACAGCGACCCCAGAGAGCAAGACGGCGAAGAGCACAGCGGGUGGCCAACAUUCCACAUUGCCUGCCCGAUCCAUCCCUUACGCUUUGUCGGCCGAGUCGGCCCUGUGUGGGUCUGGCUGGGUGACACCAGCGGAACACCGAGAGAUGGGUCGUCUGGUGUCGUCUGUCCUCUCGAUGGGGAAGGGAAAUGAGGCCCACAAAAACCUCUUUCACCUGCUCUUCACACUCUCGCAGUGGGCAUGCGAGGGGUACCUGCAACUCCCGCCUACGGCCCAACGGGUGGCACGCGAACUGCCGCUGAUUGUGAAGAAGUGGGAGAAGCUCAUUUGA